UUUUUUUCUUCGCGAGACCGAGGAUCCAUACUGUAGCCGGGUGGAGGCUGAAUUCUGGGGUACCAACUGUUGUACUCAGCUACAGCCAUAGCGCAGCAGGCUGGGAGUCGGAAACAUUCCAAAUCAGGCAUCCAUAAUACAUUUUACCGGAACUGCAAAGGCUUUCUUUGCUAUUAUAUCAGGUUCAAAACUCUUGGCUAGAUUGUAUCAAGCCCGCCGCACAUGUUAGAAGGUUUGCCAAGGACUUUGGUUCCCGCUGCACACCACAAGGCACCUUGGAACACUCAGACAAAAUCUUGCGAUCUUCGGUGGCAUCGACAGCGUCCACUGAUAUUCCUUCAGGGUCCAUUUACGCUUCCAUGCACCCCAGGUAACUUUUUUACGUUCUUUGUUAUUUCCGGUGACUUCUUUUUUGUUGCUGCGCCACCCCGAGGGAACACUGGAUGGCGGCUGUGCAAAUCCCCGCCAGCGCUAGCACACCGUAAGGCUUGCACAGCCUGACCGCGCUGGUGGUGUCGCCUGGACAUGUGCGCAGUGCCUGACAGUGUGCCUAAUGGGUAGCAUCUUGAUUUUGAUGUCAUUGUUCAAAUCCAUUAUCAAUCACCGGCAUCGGCCUUUCGAAAGCAUAUUCGCAAGAUUUUUUUGUAAGACCCCGACUUCUAAAUAGAUCCUGAAACAUAUAGCCCUCGCUCUUCUAUGGUGGCCACCGUGAACCAGUAGAACACGGCGCCCUUUGCGUGUCAUUAGGCGGUAUAAUAGGGCUCAAUCGAGACUCACCGUUCGCUGUAAACAUUCCGCAUUAUUACCUGCAAAUAGACUGAUAAGAAUAAAAAAAGUUGACACAUGCAAGUUCAGCCGCACUUAUUAAGCUUCUAUUUUAUAUUGUCGAUCCACGGUUCAUUGGCUGAAAAACUGUUGCGCCGCCAGCUUUCGGCUUACCAAAGCCGAGAGCCGAGCGCCGAGCCACUGGCCGACCGUUUUAAUAUGUUCACGACGCCAAUUGGCAAUCAGGAGCUUUUGCGCAACACCAAGAUAUUUGACAGCUGUGUAGCGGAAAUGGUAUCCUCUCUGCCAUCAACGACUAUGAAGACGGUUCCGCGCCGCCGCAACGGACGACCACAGGCGUGCGAACCAUGUCACAAGCGAAAAGUAGCAUGCGACCACCGGCUGCCAGUCUGCUCCCGGUGUAAGAGAGGCGGCAUUACGGAACAAUGCGUCUACAUCACCAAACGAACCAACAAUGUCUUACCGACCCCACCAAAAUCAUCGGAGCUCUAUUCGCCAACCUCGGAUUCGCCAAACUCGCUCAUUCGACCGCCCUAUAGUGACGAUGGAUCGCGUGCGCAUGAGGGCGGCUUUGGCUACCUGGGUGCCACGAGUUUCUCGGCAGUUCUUCAAGAAGCUGAAAAUAGUCUGUCGUCAAUGCAGGGCAUACCGGGACAUGUGGAUUUUCCAGACAGUGAAGUUAGGGAGAAGUGUGGCCGCCUGCUGGAUCAGAAGCCGUCUUCUUUUGCCGUCGAUAUCCUGCGAAGCAUUCCCGAUCACGAUACUAGCAUCGCGCUUUUCGAUUCGCUUCACACACCCUUUGAUGCAUGGGCCCGCUUGGCAGGAAGAAAGCUACUGGAUUCGCUUUGGGCCACCUUUGGCGAUAUUCUUGAUGGUCCGCGAUCUGAAAAGGCUCUCUGGGGCAUGGCCACCACCCUCUGCCUCAAUACCGCCGAUAUUCUGAAAGACGACCAUGUUGAUCCCGAUCGGUGGUUUAGUGAAUUCUCGGGACCUCGAUUCCGCUGGGAGUCUAUUGGUAUUCUAUUUGCAUACUGGGCUACUGCACUAUUUAGUGAUCGCCAUCGUUUUGCUAGAGCCGGCCUUUACUUGACGGAUGAGACAAAAAUCACUGCUUUGAAACGAUACAAAAACAAUGCCUGGAAUUGUUCGCAACUCUGCUGGGAGGCCUGCCAAGGCAAUUCUCUUAUGCUAUUUCUCCUUUAUCAACAUAGCAUCAUCGAGUCUAAUUUGUCAGGAGAUGCAGAAAUGAAACACUGGAGGUUACACGGCGAUGUUGUUGCAAUGACUACAUACCUUGGGCUACACACGUCGUCAAAACCAGAAAACGACGCAUCAAUUUCAACACAGAUUCAGCGACGCCUAUUCGCCUCUGUUUUUAAAGUUGAUAAGCUCCUAGCGACCUUUGCUGGAAGACCACCGCUUUUGAGUCAUCGAUUUUGUUCGACACCUCUGCCGCUAGAUUUAAGCGAUGAGGAACUGUUACAACCAUCAAGAGAAGCAGCCGCAUCGCUAAAUGCGCAAGGAUGGAAUACCGCUGGCAAUAUCCACCAUACUACUAUUCUCCGUGCUCGAACAAUGAUCGCCUAUACCCGAGAUGCUAUUUUAGAGAUCGCCUUGCGAAGUAACUUCGAUGGCUGUGAAAAGAAAUUGACGUACGUAUGAGUAUCACAUAUUGUCUACUGUUGCUGAUAAUUGUUUCAGAGAUCUUAAAGCCGAAGAAUCGGCAACGCACGCCAGUUUCCCUCCAGCGCUUGUAUAUUCGGCCGAAGAACUCCACUCUAGUGAUGUAAAGAAGGACAUCUUCUUUGCGAAACUACAAAUACAGGUCGAACACUUGCAGAAUUUAUUCUUCAUCGAGAGGCUCCUGGCCAAGAAAUCCAAGGACGUGACGCAGCUCGUCCACAUUAGCAUGGAGAUGGUUGCGCUCGCUCUGAUACCGUGGAGCAACCAGAUGCUCUUGGAGAGUUCACCGUGCGAUGUUGAAUGGACAGUUAUGUGCUAUGGCGGCCCGGCUGCCGGAGUUCUAUGCCUCGAACUGCUCCGACCUUCUAUUGCCUCUCAGGGACCCGGAGGCGUUUCCAAGUCAGCCAUGAUACAGCAGUUGAGCAAGCUUAUCGGCAUUCUUGAAUGGGUAACACCGGAGACUCCGAAUACUGAGCUCUGCGCCAAUAUCAGAGAGGUUCUAAAGAAGGUUCUAGACAGAGUUCUAGAUCCGCCACAGGCAGUAUCAAGUGCAACGCAGAAUGACCUGGCGUGGAUGAUGGACAUCCCAUCCGAUAUGAAUGAUCUGUUCAAUUUUGAACUACUUGACACGUUUGACUGGCUGAGACCAGGGACUAUAGUUUGAAUUUGUGUAUAAUAUGCUGUAAUAUUAAUUAAUGACAAUUUCACCCGAUUAUCGUAUUCAUGAAGAUGGUGAUGCAAGCCAAGCG